AUGAAGCUGCUGAAGAAGCAGAUCAGCGAGAAAGAUGGCGCCGGAUCCGUUGUGCUGCGUGCCGAGGAUCCGGAGGAUAUGUGGCACACGUACAACCUCAUCCACGUGGGCGACUCGGUCAAGACGACGACGAUGCGCAAGGUGGGGAAAGAAGGCGUGACGGGCCCUACCAGUAGUCGGCGUGUCCACAUGACGCUGCAAAUUGAGGUGGAGCAAGUCAACGUCGAUCCGGUGCUUGGCGUUCUGCGUAUCAGGGGCAAAUGGAUUAUCAAGAGUCAAAAUGUGUCGGGUACGCAGUGCAAGAACAGUUGUAUAAACCGCGACUUCGCGCUGACGAAAGCAGCUGCUGGAUGUCAUGCCGCUGGAACGGAUUAG